AUGUCAUCUGACUUGGCAUCCGAAGUCUCACAGAUCAUCGUUGCCCGCAGUGCAUUGAUCGCGGCCUCAGUCUUGGUAUUCCACGAUUACUUGACCACGCUCGAUCAAGAAGUUCGCACAGUGUGGCAACAGAAGCUCUCGGCUGUGUCUCUCCUCAUUGUAUCUACCCGAUGGAUGCUGCUUUUGCAGGCGAUGUUCGCAUUGUUCACCCUCAUUCCACACGGAAAACUGAAAGUGCUGAGAGCGAUGUCUAGCUGCGAAGCCACUUUUUGGAUGUCCACAAUCAUAGGGCUCGCAACGCCCGCACAGACUGCCGUCUUCUCUGCGCUGCGUGUAUGCGCAAUGUGGAACAGGAACUACGUCCUGUUCACAAUCGUGCUUGUGCUGAGUCUCCCGCAGGAGAUUAUCAACGUUUACGCCUUAGCUGAUAGCUCCUUCGAAUAUUUUCCUCCCCCAAUCGAUGCGUGUGUGAACUUUUUUAAUUACUCCGACGAAGUAAACGACGCCUGUAUGUUCUCGCCAACCUGCCCACUAUUCCUGCUCUUUGUCACCCGCAUUCCAUUGAUUGUUGCGGACUUGCUCGUCCUAGUCUUGACGUGGAUGAAGACCUACCGCCAGUACAGAGAAGCAAGAGCAUUGAACAUCAAGUCUCCGCUCACUACAUAUUUCAUCCACGAUGGCACAAUAUACUUCAUCGUCCUCCUGAUCCUGAAUAUCUCGCAAAUCGUGUCUUUUUUCUUUACUUCCAUAGGCAUACUCGCACCGUUCACGAGUAUAAUGCCACAAAUUCUGGUUUGCCGCUUCAUGAUGAAUCUGCGGCUACUCAGCCACGGAAGCUCCACUACUUCCGAGGACGAGUCAUCUCGGCAGUUGGCUUCGUUGCGCAUGCUGACAUUCAAUGAGAACGCGACACCGAGUUUCAUGGGAAAUAUGGGUGAGCCUCUGGACUACGGCCACUGGCAGGAUGACAGCCUAAGGGUGGACGACGACGUGCGCGUCAAUGACGAGCGACCGUACUUUGGAGAAGAGCCAGAAGUUUAGCUGAGCACCCGGCGAUUUUACUGCUUUCGGCAUUUGCGUUUCUUUUUGGUUUGACUGGGUUUAGUUUAUUUCAUGCGCAAAUGUUUUUUUACGAUACAUUUUAUGCACCUGUAUACUUUGUUUAAUGCACUGCUCCAUUUCUUGCCAAUUGAGGGUAAUGUACUAGCC